AUGGCAGACAAAGAGGAAAAGAAAGUGUAUCCGGAAUUAGCUGACGAGAAGUCGUCAGAAAAGUCGUUCGAUAUGGAGAAAAAAAAACCGACCUUACUUUUCGCCGAGCCAAGCGACAUGGAACUCGUGAUCCGAGUAUUUUUUUUUAAUCUUUGAAGACCUGUUUAAGUUAUUUAAAAUUAACUUUAUUCAUUUUGGAAUUAUUCUGAAGAUACACAAAAUCGUAAUUUCGGUAGUUGAAAAAAAAUUUAAGUACGACAGUUUUUUUAAGCGCAAAAUUCAGUUUAAAAAUGGAAAAAUAAUUCCAAAGUUCAGAAUUUGCGCAUGAAAGUCGCUGUCUAGUUGCAGUACCGAAUUUUUCUAUUAGCUUUUGAAAUUUGAUAUUUGCGUAUUUUGCGAAAUCAUUUCAAAGGAAAAACAUGUAAGUUUUGAAAUCACUGAAACCUCUUUGAACACGACAUGAAAACUUUUUUGCACUCGUUUUCCCUUGGUAAUUAUGAAUUUUAUUCAAUUAUACGUUUCAAACAAAAGGCUCGAAUUUUCCAGGCAGCAGACUUCGCUGCUCGUCGUCACCGUCACCAAAAACGCAAGGACAACGCGACUCCAUACAUCAACCACCCACUUGGUAAGUCUUCGAAUCAACUCCGAAGGUUACCAAUUUCAGGCGUGGCUCACAUUCUGACGAGUGAAGCGAAGGUCUACGACGCUGUUACGUUGGCGGCAGCGAUUCUACACGACGUCGUCGAGGACACCAAGACAACGUUUGAGGAGAUCCUAGAGUUGUUCGGCAAAGAGGUUUUCUUUUUGAACUCUCGUCGUAGGUUGCUGGCAAAAUGAAUGUUCAUAAUUUUUUGGCGAGUAACGCAGUGCUAUCGAUAUAAACCGGUUCCACCUCAACAAUCCAACUUGAACGACUCUUUGUACUUUGGUCCAUUUAGGUGCUCAUUAAACUUCACUGGUUUGGCGUUGAACUUUGUUGCUCAUCUUACCGCCUAGUAUUCAAAGAGUCAUUAAAAAUUGAGUAUAGUCCGUUUUUCGCGACUUUAAAGGUUUCUGCGCCCUCCUAAUCUCUCCACGUCCCUCUCAUGUUUACGUGAUAUUUCCAUGUUUCUCUGACAUCGCCGGUGAGGGAACAGAGAGACGCAGACAUGUGAAAAGUGUCAAAUCGCGGCGGACGGGCUAUAACAAAUCAAUAUAGAAUAAAAAAUGUUUGAGGAAAACAUUACAGGUCCACGACAUAAUCGUAGAGGUCACAGAUGAUAAAUCUCUACCGAAAGCUGAGAGGAAACGGCUACAGAUAGAGCACGCGCCGGCUACCAGUCACAAAGUCAGAAAAUAUCCUUCCCACCUUAUCUAUUUUGAAAAUUUGAGGGCAAACUGGUGAAAUUAGCGGACAAGCUGUACAAUUUGCGGGAUUUGGAGCGUCGCGCGCCUUUCGGCUGGGACAGCAAAAGAAUCAAGGAAUACUUUGGCUGGGCCAAGCAGGUCGGUCUUUGGCUUUCGGAAUUGUUUGGAAGUCCAUAUUGGCCUUCGGUUAAUGGACCUGCAUAAAAAGAACAACUUUUCUUUGAUGAAAUUCUCAAAAAGCAGAAUUCGUAUUUCAGGUGGUGACUGGCAUGAAGGGCACCAACGAGGCGCUCGAAUGUCAGCUCGACGAUAUUCUCAACAAACAUCUCAGUUGA